AUGAACGUCAACAAGGGCAGCACGCUGAGGAAACGCAAGAUGUAUGAAGAAUUUCUCAGCAAGGUCUCCAUUUUGGAAUCCCUGGACAAGUGGGAACGUCUGACCGUCGCAGAUGCUCUGGAGCCAGUCCAGUUUGAAGACGGGGAGAAGAUUGUCGUUCAGGGGGAGCCAGGCGACGACUUUUUCAUCAUCACAGAGGGCACGGCUUCUGUCCUCCAACGGAGGUCUGAUAAGGAGGAGUACGUGGAGGUUGGACGCCUUGGGCCAUCGGAUUAUUUUGGGGAAAUUGCGCUUCUGCUGAACAGGCCCCGGGCGGCCACCGUGGUGGCUCGUGGGCCGCUGAAGUGCGUCAAGUUGGAUCGGCCCCGCUUCGAACGGGUCCUGGGCCCUUGUUCGGAAAUCCUGAAGAGGAACAUCCAGCGAUACAAUAGCUUCAUCUCCCUCACUGUUUAAGCGAUCCCCACCCCACCCCAGCUGCCCUUGAUGUUAAAACUUGUGCACUUAAAAAUGCGAGCCGUGCCGUUCCAUAGCUUUACGAUGAGAGUAAGAGGCACGUACGUUUUUGUGUGUGUUUUUCAAACGUCCAUGUCCAGCCCCGCCGGGAUGUCAGACCAUUACCAGCCAUGUCAAAAAAGGGUAGGCCACCAGAUCUGGGCUUGAAAGUCACUUUUUACAUUCCCGAUUCCCCGUUGCCUCACCCCCUUGAAUUCUGAUGGUGCCAUUUUAAACAUGGAAAGCCACCGAGCAGUGAUGCCUAAGAGCCUCAUUUAUCACGGAGUUUAGGAUUCAGUGAAUCCUAAAGCUCUUUUAAGAAAUCAGCCAUGGGUUGUUUUCUCAAAUGGAAGCACCUACAUCUAUGAAAACCGGGAAUCCUACACCUCAGAGGCGGCUGGAUGACUGCAACUCCCAUCAUCUCUCACAAUGGGCCAGAUAGGUUGAAUCUGAUGGGAACUGUUGUCUUACAGCAUCUGGAGGCCCACAGGUAUCACAACCACAGUUUUUUUUAAAAUGCCUUCUUUAAGAUGUUGGGUUCUACUAAGAUCUGAAAUGACAAAAAUGUCAUUCUAACAGAGACGUGGGAAUGCCUGAAUAAAUGGGGCCGUGGUCUAGUAAGAAAUGGCAUGCACAUGAAUCUUUGAGAGCUGCCAGAUUUAACCCGGGCUCUCCCUGGCCAUGAAUGGCAUCCAAAAUUGAGAUUCAGCCAGUGUUGAAGUCAGAACGAAAGCGGGUGACUCCAGUUUCUCAGGGUAUGUUACUCCGACUUGGGUUUCAGCCUGACCUCUACAGUUGCUGUCCAGGGUGCUGGAUGUUCUUCCUCCCAAAAGAAGCCCAACGCCUUGGCCAGUGGUUUUCGAACCUUUGGACUAAAAUCCGGAACGGAUUUGAACGCACCCCCCUCCAGCCUCCACUCAGACGGAUUCACCCAUCUGCUCUGCUACUGUGCAUGGCAUGCAGAAGAGGCCAUCUUGUCCCUUGACCUCAGGCAACACAUUGCUCUGGACUGCCCCUGGAACGACCUGAUACCUAGCUAGCUCAUUAUUGCCUCUUCUUACUGGCAGUGUUUUUUUCUUUCCUAAAUGUCGUUUUGCAGAUCCUGUUCUCUAAAGCCCAUUUAAGGGAGAUGCUGGGCAUGGCACCUGUUUUCCUUCCGCAUUUCAAGCAUUUGCUUUGCCACUGAGUGACGACCCCUCUGGGUAACACAUUACCAAGCAGCAGCAGGCCUUCUAAUGCACAGAAAUGAUCCAUAGCAAAUGCAUAUUUAUAUUGGGCUUUCCGAGUAUUGAUAUGAUUAAAACCACUCAGGCAAGGAAGGACGGUGGAAGCCACAGGGUCAAAUCCAGCACACCAGCAAUUUUAUUUCAGAAGAAAAAGUUGCGAUAUGAGCAAUCCAGGGCCAGAUUUCCCCCAGCUUUUAUUUAUUUAUUUAUUUAUUUAUUUUAAACCAAAUCAUUAUAAUUUUAAGUAGCAAUGUUUGCUCCCAUUUGGUUUAGAAAUGUGGCCCUGGGGGGAAGAGGGUCGUUAAACUGGAACCAUUUUUUGUCACUUAGAUUUUCCUUUUCCCCUUUGCUACCAUUAGCUCUGUUGAGUCAAGGAUGUGUUUUCUGGUCUCGAAGGUUAAAUAAGGUAAUUAGAAAAAUGGAACUCUUGAAAAUGCAGACCUUUGGCAUCUCUAGAUUAAGGUGUAAAAUAAAUCUGAUGUUAAGAGAGACUUGGUAGAUCAGGUCAAAAAGAAAAGAUUUUUUUUAAAAAAGAAACAUGUUAUGGCGCGAUAAAGAUUAACUGCUCUAUUUUAAGGUGAGCUUUCAGGGAGAAAUCCACUUCCUCAGGCAAUUUUGACAGAAAUUAACUUUCGUACUCACUAUUAUGGAUGUAUGAAGAGUUGAUUUCAUACAUAGCUAUUCGAUGUGGGGAAUGUGCGACCGACCCAUUUCGUCCUCUGGGGAUGGUUGAGGAUUCUAUGUGGUUUUGUUUAGAACUGAGCAAAAUCCCCCCAAAUUUAAAAGGCCCGAGAAAGUGACUCUGUGGCAGGUUUACUCAUCUGUAAACGUUGUGCCCAGGUGACCGCUUGGUAAGCCAAGAUUUUUGUCCUGCCCAACAAGACAAAGAAUUUCGCCCUUCCUAUAUUUUGCUUUUCCGAAUUUAUAGUCGAGUGGGGAAUGCAGACAAAUUCUGCCUUCCGGGGCAAAAGAAGAGACGGAUUUAGAAGGAGUGAUACAUGCAACUGGGGUGGGUCCUUCCUGUGCUGUAGGACUGCAUCUCUCAGCCCUGCCUUUCAUCACCCAUGCUGCCAAGAGCUGAUGGGAAUUGUAGUCCAAGAAAUUCUGGAGGUCCCUUGCCCACCCCUCAUUGCCCACGGUGGUCAGUUGCCACCGAGCUGCUAGUCAUCUGUGUGCGCUCAGGAGAGUGGAAGGAGUUGAAAUAAAUAGCUUUGUGGUAGUUGGAGACAUUUUUUUAAAAAAAUAUCAGUUGUUAUUUUUUCACGUGCCCUGAAUUUGCAAACCACAGCCUCGACAGUGCAAGACCCGAGCAGAGACGAUGAAAAGAUGUUUCAGAAGUCAUUCAUUCCUAGCUUUGCUGUAAGAAGUGACUGGACAGCCACAGAAAAAGGCCACAUGGGCAACCCACAGGAAAGAGUUCUUGAUAGAAGUGCGUUGCUCAUUUUGUCCCCUAAAGGUGCGUUUAGUAGCUGCCAUUUGUCUUGUGUUCCAAGCCAGACGUGAUCAUUUCAAAAGCAAAAAUUUGACUCAACACUGACCACAUAUUCCAACGCUCCUGUAAUUUAAGCAAGGCCUGCUUUUUCAUUUCAGGUUACGUUUUUUCCUACCCGUCCAACUCACUGGGUCGAUUUGUCUUUCUAUGUUUAGCUCCAUGGGUAUCCUAUGGAAUCAAGCUAUCAGGAUUUCCCCCAGGAAAGCCCUUUGGAAUCCCAUGUAUUGUCUCUCUUCAUUGUCCAGUAGGGUUCAUCCAGGGCAGCGUCACGCUGGAUUUGUGAAUCCUGUGCCGUGCAUUUCAGGACCACGUUUUUUUACCUGCAAGAUUUUCUGCCUGGUGUAUUUUGUCCCCCAUGCACUUUGUUGGACUGUUGUAUCUGUGUUUAAUAUUUUUAUUUCUGACUUUUGAUCACCACGCUCUGAGCCCUGUGACUAGACAGGAUGGAACCCGGGUCUCCGUUGCUCUACUUUGGGUGACGUAAGAUAUGCAGGGAAAGGAUGGAGGAAGAGGCAGGAAUGCCCGGGCAUGCAGUGGGCAUAAUGUGCCAACCUGUCUUGGAUUCUUUUCUGCCUGGGAAGUGGCUAGAUGUCAUCUACACAUCUGGGGGUGGCAGAGGGCUGCUGUUCUCACAGCAAACAUUCGCACCCUCCAAAUUUCAGUGCUGUGGGUUGAAGCCCUUCUUGCCGUGCCUUAGUUGCGGCUCAUGUGGAACGCCAGAUGCUCUGUUAGAUGGCCGGUCAUGACGAUGGCACGCUCUGAAGAAGAUCAUUUGAAAAUCACAUCCAUGUAAACCUGAUUUCCUGUGAAUUGUUUGGCAUUUGAUUCUGUGUGAAUUUCUUUUAAAGACGAAUAUUGAUUUUC